AUGGCGCUGCACUGGCGUGUUAGGCCUCUGGGCAUGUUUAAGAAGAACAUCAGCAUCAGCUCCACCCACCAGCUGUCUGGCAAGGAUGGCAAGGAGCUGCGGCGAUCGGUGCUGAAGGCCUUCCCCGGCCUGGACGAGGAGCAGCUGGGUGCGCUGCUGCCGGGCAAGGGCGGCCUGGUGCAGACCAAGCUGAGCAACCGGUGCCUCCUGUACUCCCUCGACGGCGGCAACCCGCUGUUUUUUGACCCGGAUGGCCGGGGCAACCUGCUGCCUACGGUCUAUGCACUGGCGGUGGCGCCGCAGCUGCUGCCCACGCUGCACACAUGGUCGGAAGUGAGCGGCAAGGUGCUAGGCGGCGCAGAUCUGUUCCUGCAGGGUGUGCUGGCACCCGCGGGAGGCCUGCCCGACUUCCUGGCCGGCUCCGCUCGCAGCCUGUCGGUUCCGGGCCAGCCCAUCCCUUUUGCCGUGGGCAAGAUGGCUCUCAGCAAGGCUGAGGCGGUGAGGGAAGGGAUGAAGGGGCGGGGAUGGACGCUGCUGCAUGCCUACGGCGACUUGCUGUGGCAGAUGGGAGACAAGGCGCUGCCCAACGAAGGCUUCACGGCCAGCAGGAUCCUGCCUGUGGUGCCUGUGGAAGGCGAGGCCGCGGCAGAAGGGGGGGCUGCGGCAGCAGCAGCCGCAGAUGGCGAGCAGGGGGCGGCAGCAGCGGCUGCCGACCAGCUGGGCGGCCUGCAGCUGGCGGAGGGAAGCAGCGCUGCAGCAGCGCAAGGCAGGGAUGCCGCAGCGGCGGCGGGGGAGGCAGCGGCGGGGGCAGCGGGGCCGGGCCCGGGGCCUGCCGGCGGCGGCGCCACUCUGGACAUGGAUGCCAUUCUGGAGGCUGCUGUGCUGGCAGGGCUGCACUCCCUCAAGAGCGCAGACCUGCCAAUCCAAACGGGCGACUUCUACACAAAGCACAUGAUCCCCGCCAAGCCAGAGGGCGUGAUGUACGACAUGAAGCAGAGCAAGUACAAGAAGCUGGGCAAGCUGCUGGACAAGUUCAGCAAGGAUGGGGUGAUCACCCAAAAGGUGGUGCGCAAGCAGGACUGCAUCACAGCCGUCAACCGCUCCCACCCAGCCUACACCGGCUUUUCCGGCAUGCCCGGCGCCAGCUCGGCGGCUGGCGCCGGCAACGGCGCCGCCAGCAGCAGCGGCCGAGGCGGCGGCGGCGGCGGCGGCGGCAGCAAGGUGCAGAUUGAGUACUGCUUCCGGGCGCCGAGCUCGCUGCGGCCUGUGUUUGGGGAGGCGGCCCUGCGGGACAAGGAGCGGUUGUACAGCGAGGGCGAAGUGUGCGAGGCGCUGGCAGGCUAUGCGGCGGCGCAAGGCCUGGCGGCGCCUGACGGCCGAUCCAUCCGGCUAGACCGUCUGCUGCACGGCUCGUUGUUCAAUAAGAAGGAGGCGGAGCAGGAAGGCAGCGCGGUGGCCCCGGCGGAGCUGCAGAAGCGGCUGCUGGCCAAGCUGCAGCUGCACCACCGCUUGAAGCGCCCCAGCGAGCAGGGAGUCGUGGAGGUGGUGCGGAAGGGGCAGGUGAAGCCUGUGGCCAUUGGCACCGAGCGGCGCUUCGGCCGCAACAUCACGGUGGUGAGCCACGUGGAGAGCUUUGCGCUGGCUGCGGACGAGAUGGCGGGCGUGUUCAGCCGCAAGUUCCAGACCAGCUGCAGCGUGUCCAAGCUGCCCGGCAAGGAGGAGAAGGAUCACGAGAUCAUGAUGCAGGCAAGGGCCCAGCUGGCCUGCUUGGAUUCGAUGCGUUGCUUGUGUGUUGUUCCCGGGGAUUGGGCUGGGCUGGGCGACCUGCUGAAGCAGGUGGCUGCCUUCCUGACGGAGCAGUACGGCAUCCCGCCCUCGCUGCUGGAUAUCAAGAAGAAGUGA